ACGUUGCGUGAGCAAAGGGGGCGGGGCCAACGUACUGCUGCAGCUGUCCAUGGUUGGUGGGCGCCCACAGAGGGUCCGCGGAGAGAUGCAGCCAUAGUCACGCCACACUCUCCUUUCUUUGCUACCGGUUCAUCGUUCCCUUCUCAUCAUAUCCGAGCCGUGUGAAAGCCUGUGGACGUGUGAGGCAUCAUGGCUGAGCAGCAGAGGCAGCGCUCUCUGUCCACUGCGGGUGAGUCUCUCUACCAUGUAUUGGGAGUGGAAAAGAUGGCCACGAAUGAUGACAUCAAGCGGUCCUACAGGAAACUGGCACUGAAGUUUCACCCCGACAAGAAUCCCGACAAUCCAGAAGCAGCAGAUAAGUUCAAGGAGAUAAACAACGCCCAUGCUAUCCUUAACGACCCGACAAAGCGUAAUAUUUAUGAUAAAUAUGGCUCGCUGGGACUGUAUGUGGCAGAGCAGUUUGGAGAGGAGAAUGUCAACACUUAUUUUGUCCUCUCGAGCUGGUGGGCAAAGGCACUUUUCGUAUUCUGCGGCCUGGCUACCGGCUGCUACUUUUGUUGCUGCCUAUGCUGCUGCUGCAACUGCUGCUGUGGAAGAUGUAAACCUCGGCCUCGCGAGGGCCAAGAACAGGACUUUUACGUGUCCCCCGAGGAUCUGGAGGCUCAGCUGCAAUCUGAUGAGAGAGAGGCCGGAGGUGACCCCAUAAUGAUGCAGCCGACAGCGACAGAGACCACCCAGCUGACAUCAGACGGCCACUACUCCUACCACACCGACACCGGCUUCAACUAACCGGGCCACACCCGUCCGCCCUUGCCUUGGUCCUGCCUGCUCCCCUGUGCCACCUCAGUGACAUGAAAGAAUCCAUCUUUCACAAGGAAGGCCAUGCAGAGGAGAGGGACUAGUCCGCAUGGCCCAUGAAAGGACCUUACUCAUCCCUUGCACCCCUUUCCCGGUUCACCCCCUUCUAUUUAUUUCCCCAGAAUAUGACAAGAAAUGAGAAAUUAUUCUUUACGUUUUUGUUUCUGUUUCUUUACCUUUACCCUAAAUACCCCAGUCUCCGCUCUCCUACGUCAUUGUGUAGCAUGCACCAUUCGUAACACACAUUGCCAUGUUCUCCUUCCUCGUUUGCAGCAUUUUUACUCUGCAAAGUUCCAUCACAUUGCUACAUAAAUAUGUGCAAUAUGUCCACUCGAGCGCAGUUCUCAUAAGAUAUGCUAAGGGAGCAUCGGGCUGUGGCUCAACGAGGCCGUCAGCGCCAUCACACAAGAUUAAGAAGUGGCGUUUAAGUCAAAAGGAUGCCACUUGCGGUAUAGUGUUUGUCUUCUGUGUUUUUUUUUUUUUUUUCACACCAGUCACAACGCUGUUGCGGCACACCCGUCUUAUCACCAACCGCUGCGGCUGUGUUAAUUACUUUUGGAUGUUGGCGCCUCUGCUGCGGCUUUGUUUUUUUUUUUUU